GCAAGAUCAAAACUGCCUAAGAAGCGGCGACGAGUUCUACCAGUGGAACAACCACGAAGGAAACGCGACGCCAGCGCCUCCAAUCGGAGGGUGAAUGCAGUUAAACACCCAGUGGUUCUGAAGGACCUAUCGCCAGCGAACAAUAAGUUUGGUGUUAAUGGAAUGAAUAUGAUAAGUUUGGCACUUCAAGGUCCACCAAACCUGCUCAGACCUCCAGCCACCACGCAACCGUUACAAGCAAGAGCUCCGAUAGUUGAGAGUCCCAUCAUCAACACGCAAUGCGGUGCUAUCUCAUUGGCAUCAUUACAACCACCUCUGAUGACCGCCCCGCCCUUGCAACCGCGACCUGCCACCACAGGAGCCCUAGACCUGAUGCUACCAUUGCAACCUAAACUCCUACCAGGCUACAACCUUCAAUCUUCUUUCCUUUCCAGUACACUAUCAACUGUCAGACCUCCAGAUCUACCAGAUAAGAAUAAAAAAGACACAGAUGCAUUCAAACCAAGUGUUGAUGUAAUAAUCGAAAAGAGAGAAUCAAUGUCAGAAAAUUCAAAUAGAAAUAGUAUUGAUGACAAUUGUGAAGAAAAUUGUGCAAACGUAAGUAAAGAAGAAGAUAGUAAUGUAAAUAAAGUGAAGGAAAAUCAUAAUGUAUCAGAUGACGAUUGUAAUAAUUUGUAUUCAAAAGAUGAAAUUAACUCAAAUGUAGAUGUAAAUGUUAAAACUGAUACAAGUGUAGUUAGCAGUUCAAAUCUUAGCAGUCCUAAUAACAAUUCGUGUUAG